AUGGAAUCCAUCGCGACCAUGGGCGCGCGGCUCGCGGAGGAGGUCUCGCAGGUCAUGGCCGAGCUCGAGGCCGGCGAGCUCACGCCGAGGGGCGGCGGGCGGACGCCGAGGAGCGCGGCGGCGGCGGCGGCGGAGGCGGCGGGACGCGGCGCCGCGCCUCCGCGGCUGUCCUUCGUGGGACACUCCAUCGGGGCGUUGAUCGUCCGCGCGUCGCUGACGCACCCGUCGAUGUCGCCGUUUUUGACGCGGCUGAACACGUUCUUGAGCAUCAGCGGGCCGCACUUGGGGUACCUCGGCGGCGUCGCCCCGAGCGCCGGGUUCAGCGUGUUCGAGACUGGGCUCAAGGUGUUGAGGGCGAUCAAAGGGAAGCGCGCCGAGUCGUUGAGAGAGAUCACGUUCGCGGAUGCGAAGAAACGCGAGGACUGCUACCUGUACGAGCUCGCGCACGAGAAGAGAGGGUUGGGACUGUUCAAGCACGUGAUGCUCGUGAGCAGCCCGCAGGAUAAGUACGUUCCGCAUCACAGCGCGAGGAUACAGCCGCCGCCGGAGGAGGGCGGCGAAGGCGGCGGCGGAGGCGGAGGAAAAAAACGAUCGAACAAGGCGACGACGCGAGAGAUGGCGAGAGCGCUGCUGACGCCCGUGCUCUCGAAGGCGACCGGCGGCGGUGACACCCCUGGGGGCGACGACGACGACGACAAAAUCACGACGCUGACGCGCGUGGACGUGCACUUCGCGCCGCCGGCGAAGCGGACGUUGAACCACGUCAUCGGACGCAAGGCGCACAUCGAUUUUUUAGAGACUGACGAGUACGUCAAGUUCCUCCUCUGGUCGCACCGGGAUAAGUUCGCGUGA